AUGGGGCAGGGCCAGGCCCUCGUCGCCCCGGGCGAGGCCGCGCCCGCGGAACUGCGCCGCCUGGCGGCGCGUGGGGGCCGCCUGGAGGACGUCUGCGAGAUCGAGCGCGGCCGCAAGCCCCUGGGCAAGGGCUCCUUCGGCACCGUGUACCGCGGCAGGCUCAAGGCCGGCGGCGGUGCGGUGGCCGUGAAGGCCCUGGACAAGCGGAGGAUGCGGGACCUCAAGGUGCCCGUGAGCAUGAUCGCGAGCGAGGUGGGGCUCAUGCGCGAGUGCGCGUCCGAGGACCGCUUCGUACGGCUGCUCAGCUUUGUGGAUACCAGCACCGCCUACUACCUUAUCCUCGAGUUCUGCGACGGCGGCAGCCUCGACGGCGCGGCCCAGAGUGGCAAGGACGGGCUCGGGGAGCGCCAGGUCGCCCGCCUGACGCAACAGCUCCUGGAGGGAAUCGCCUUCCUGCACUCGAAGGCCAUCUGCCACCGCGACGUGAAGCCGGAGAACGCCAUGCUCGUGGGGGGCGGCGCCGCGAGCGAGCAGGCGCGCGUGAAGCUCGGGGAUUUCGGCCUCGCCGUGCGCAUGCAGCACAACGCCCUACCCUCGGUGUCUGUUGAUCACGCGAUAUCGCCAAUCACGUGGUCGGCCGAGGCCCUGCUCAAGGACAAGGUGGGCACGCCGGCCUUCAUGGCGCCAGAGAUGCACCUGCUGCCCGCCAAAAGCUCGGGCGGGUGCGCCGGGUACGACGAGAAGGUCGACCUGUGGGCCGCUGGUGCAGUGCUCGUCUUCCUCCUGGCCAACGAGUACGCGUUCGUGGACAAGCACGGGCGGCUGCUUCACCAGCAGCUGCUUCGCGGCGACCUGCCCCUGUGGGACGCGGACAUGUUCUCCGGUCUCUUCCAGAAGGUCAGGGAAGUCGCAGGAAUCGGCCGCAAGGCCCCCACGGCGGUGGCGCGCGACCUCGUUCGGCAGCUCCUCAUGCCGAAGCGCCACCACCGCCUCUCCGCCGGCCGCGCGCUGCGGCACGAGCUGUUCCGCGAGCCGUCGGCGGCCCCGGCGCCCGUCGCGGAGAGCUCCCGGCCCCGGCAGUUCAACCCCGUCGAGUUCACUGCCGCGCACAGCGAUGCCACGGAGCCACUGCUGCUGUGGAAAGACUUCGAGGAGGGCCUCGGCAGCAUCGAGGUCGAGUUCCAGAGGCUGGCUGCGGGCGUGGUGGACGCUGUGGGCUCGGUGCAGAUCGCCACCGAGGGCUGGGAGAGUGUGCCCGUGCUGGACCCCUCCGACGACCGCCUCACCAGCUGCGUGGUCUGCUUCCAGGCCUCCGGCGCCUUCGCCUUCGUGUGCCCGCAGUGCCAUCACACUGUGUGCUUCGAGUGCCUGGGAAGGCUGCCGAGGCCGGAGUGCCCCCACUGCAGGCACGAAGCCCACGACGUAACCAUCACCCAGCAGGUGUCGCGAAUCGCAGCCGCCUGGUCCCCGGAGGCGGCCCUGCAGGCCUCGAGUGCAGCCCUGCUGGCCGCCGUGGAGAACCCUGUCAUCGGGAGGCUGGGCGAGGUGGACACCGGGGCCUCGGAAAGCGCCGUCGACCCCAGUCCUCCAGACGCGUGGCGCAGCUCCGAGUGCCACUUCUGCCGGGCGCCUUCCAGCGCAAUCAACCACGUGUGCCCGCUGUGCAGCGCCAGCGUGUGCUUCGGCUGCGCCAAGAGGGAGCUUGCCGCCCGCCCGCGCUGCCCGGCCUGCGGCGACGCGCGGCACAACGCCGCCGCCCUGGCCGAGUACCUGGCCGCCGGCGAGGCGUGGGCCGCUGCGAUGGACUUCGCCUCCACGUUCCCGCAGGCACUCUCCAGGUCGGCCUCGGGGGCUCUGGAGAGGCUCCGCCUGGGCGCGGCCGCGCUGGGCAGGCAGGCGGCGCUGCAGCCAGCCGGCGCGGCGGGUCCGCUGGGCGACGGCCGCGCAGCGCCCAAGGGCCCUGGCGGCGGCGCCGGCAGCGCCUGCGGCGGAGAGUCCUCCGUGGCAGACCCACCGCUGUUCAGAGGCGGCGGGGAGGCCUCCAUGGAGGACCAGUGCAGCACGGGGAUCGGAGGCGAGCGCGCGCUGCGCGUCCAGAUGCACGCCGCGCAGGUGCGGGUUUCCGCCCAGACGAUGUGGGACGGGCUUCUGGGCAUCGGCCGGGAGCUGAUCACGCCGGCGGCGGCGCCGCCAGGCUGCCCAGCGGCCGCAGGCCCGGGUGAAGCGGCCACGCACGCCGCCUAUGCCGUGGGCGACGUGGUCGAGUAUUUCGGGGCCACGCACCAGAGGUGGAUUCCGGCAAGAGUGCUCAAGGCGAACGAGAACGGCACCUGGGACCUGGACUGCAAGCCAGGCGUUCGCGCGACCAGCAUGCGCCAGGCCGCCGCAGGCCCGUCCGCCGAGGGCGGGAUAGGCCGGCGGCCCGCGAGGGCGCAGGUGGCGCCCGAGGCCGUUGCGGCGGCGGUGGAGGGCGCCCGGGCGUCCCUGGCGCUCCCGCCGUCGAUGGCCCAGGCGGCGCAGCCGGAGGUGCUGCCCCGCGAGAGCAGCCCGCAGCCGUCCUCCCACAGCAGCGGAGAGCCCGAGGCGCCCUUCUUCGAGCCCGCGGCGCGCAGGCCGCCGUCGCUGCCCGCCGCCGCCAGGCGGCCUGGGCCGUGCGCGCAGAACCACGUGCAGGCGGGCCUCCAGGGCUGCCGGAGCCGGGUCACGUCGCUCUGA